AUCCUUCUUCCGGGGGUCGCCGCGUGUCCCGGAAGCCAGGGCCGGGGUUCCUUCUUCGCUCCGAGUCAGGGCCCAAGAUGGCGGUGCGGGCCAGCUUCGAGAACAACAACGAGAUCGGCUGCUUCGCCAAGCUGACCAACGCCUACUGCCUGGUGGCCAUCGGGGGCUCCGAGGGCUUCUACAGUGUAUUUGAAGGGGAGCUUUCUGACACCAUCCCUGUAGUCCACGCUUCAAUUGCUGGAUGUCGAAUCAUUGGCAGAAUGUGUGUAGGAAAUAGGCAUGGACUGUUAGUCCCAAGCAACACCACAGACCAGGAGCUUCAGCACAUAAGGAACUGCCUUCCAGACUCUGUGCGAAUCCAGCGUAUAGAAGAGCGCCUCAGUGCCUUGGGAAAUGUCACUACAUGCAAUGAUUACGUAGCACUUGUCCAUCCCGACAUCGACAGAGAAACAGAAGAGAUUUUAGCAGAUGUAUUAAAAGUGGAAGUAUUCAGACAGACAGUAGCAGAGCAGGUUCUGGUAGGAAGUUACUGUACUUUCAGCAACCAAGGAGGACUGGUGCACCCCAAGACUUCAAUUGAAGACCAGGAUGAGCUCUCCUCAUUGCUGCAAGUCCCACUUGUGGCUGGGACUGUUAACCGUGGUAGUGAGGUGAUUGCAGCUGGAAUGGUCGUGAAUGACUGGUGUGCCUUCUGUGGUCUAGAUACAACCAGCACAGAGCUAUCUGUUAUUGAGAGUGUCUUCAAACUCAAUCAAGCACAACCAAGUACCAUUGCUACUAAGAUGAGAGAAUCUUUGAUUGACAGCUUGACAUGAUGUUCUCCCCGGCCACUGCAGAAACUGCAGUAGUGAAAAUGCCUGAUCAUGAUCUCAACUCUUCUCUGAAGUAAAUGCUUUGUUAAUACUCCUGCAGUCUCGAAACAAAUUCUGCUGCGAUCAGCUUCAAAACCAUAUUGUUAAAAACUUCUUUUGCGAAAAACACUCAUGUGUCUCUCUUUAUUUGAUGAAGUGAAGACCUGUUUACGAUUUCUGAGAUUAUGCUUAAAGACAGCUGUUAUUACAUGCUAUAAUAAUAAUAAAACAUUAAUUUCCUCUACUGAUACUCA